GACUGGUGGCUGACCGACAUGUACCUGGGCAACCCGCUGCCGCUGCCGAUCAACUCCAACCCCGGCAUGGUUUUCCCGCCGCGCAGCUUCCGCUCGGCGCACGACCAGGCGCAGUUCGCGGCGCGCUUCCUGCGCUGCCUGCUUGACCACAAGGACGUGCUCGACUGCAAGGCGCUGCCCGUGGAGCGCGCGACGAGCCGCGAGAAGGGCCAGCCGCUGUGCAUGGCGCAGUUCUACCGCCUGCUGGGCCACUGCCGCACGCCGGGCGCGCCGCGCGACUCGCUGCACGACCACGCGUCGCGCAGUCACCACGUCGCCGUCGUCUGCAGGAACCAGUUCUACGCGGUGCCGGUGCGGGAGGAGCCGAGCGGCGCGCGGCUGUCGGAGCGCGAGCUGUGCGCGCAGCUGAUGCACGUGCUGCGCGAGGCGCCCAGCCUGCCGCCGGCGCCGCCGCUGGGGCUGCUGACGGCGCAGCGCCGCGACGUCUGGGCGGCGCACCGACACCUGCUGAUGCAAGACGAGCAGAACCGCGCCAGCCUGGAGCAGCUGGAGUCGAGCCUGGUGCUGGUGUGCCUGGACGAGCCGCUGCCCGCCAGCUUCAACAGCCGCACCCUGCGCGAGAGCCGGCCGGAGGUCGCCAGGGGCCACCAGGUGGCGGGCCGCGACGAGACCAACAUGGCGCACCAGAUGCUGCACGGCGGCGGCUCCGCCCUCAACGGCGCCAACCGCUGGUUCGACAAGACGGUGCAGGUGGUGGUGUCGAGCGACGGCGUGUGCGGGCUGUGCUACGAGCACUCGCCGGCGGAGGGCGUGGCGGUGGUGCAGCUGAUGGAGCAGGCGCUGGCGGGCUGCGCCGACCUGCCGCCCGCGCCCUCCGAGCCGCCGUGCGCGCCGCCCCACCUGCCGCCCCCGCGCCGCCUGCUGUGGCGCCCCGACGCCGCCCUCAGGGAGGCGCUCCAGCGCGCCGCGCAGCACCUCGACGGCUUGGUGGAGGACUUAGACUUCUACGUCUAUCGCUAUGCAGGCUACGGGAAAGAAUUCAUUAAAUCGAGCAAAGUCAGUCCUGAUGCCUAUAUUCAGCUAGCGUUGCAACUAGCGUACUUCAAGCUCAACCGUCGGCUCGUGGCAACUUACGAGAGUGCGUCUACGAGGCGGUUCCGGCUGGGGCGAGUGGACUGCAUCCGGUCUGCCACUCCGGAGGCCCUGCAGUGGGUGACGGCGAUGUGCCAGGAUGAGGACGAUGGGACACAGCCUUCUGGAAAACGGGUAACAUUCAGCCUCUAUGAUGAAAAAAAGAAGCUUGAGCUGUUUGAUGCUGCAAUCAAAAAACAAACGGAGAUAAUGGUUGAUAACAUUUUAGGUCAGGGUAUUGAUAUCCAUUUGCUUGGUCUCAGAGAAAUGGCUAAAGAGCUUGGGGAACCAUUGCCAGAAAUUUUCUCUGAUGAUUCAUACAAAAUUGCCAAUCAUUUCUCACUGUCUACUAGUCAGGUUGCAACAGCAACUGACAGCUUCAUGGGUUAUGGACCAGUUGUUCCUGAUGGGUAUGGUGCAUCAUAUAACCCAAGACCAGAUACCAUCACUUUCUGUCUUUCAGCAUUUCACUCGUGCCACACUACAAGUACAUGGAAGUUUGCUCACAGCCUUGAAGAGAGUCUUAACAGAAUGCAACAACUGGUUGGCAAUCGACAAUAGAACCAACAUUUGUUGUUUACAAAGAAUAAAUUCUGUUGAAGCCAAUAUUAAGCUAGUAAGGAUGCUAUUAGAAACUCACUCAGUAUUACAGGAACCAAAUACCUCUUCAUUUCUCUUAUUACUAUGAUCACACUGCAACACAUUUCCUCAUAGGAAAUGCUGAAACAAUCUCUAAAAAUUGAAAUUAUGCAAUAUUUUCCUACUAGGAAUACACAUCAAUAAGAAUAAAUACGCAGUAGGUUCCGAAAACAAUAUGAAAGUUUCUGUGUAUGCCUCAACAAAUUACAAUAAAUAGCAUGUUUAGUUUAUCAUUGGCAAUCAAAAAAGAAGGUAAAUUUACUAUUCUACUUUCAGGAGUUUAUUAGAUACAUAACAGGAAAUUGGUUUUACAAUGUUACUGUAAUCACUAUGCACAACAUAAUAUGUAGCUAAGAGGAGUACCAGCACAUACAGCUCCAGCAGAUAUUUAGAGAUCUUAUGCACAAUACUAAUAGAUGGCACUUAUUUCAUUAAUUAGAUUUCUUUUGUA